UCCCCUAAUCCCAAAGGUUAUAUAAGCUGGUGCGGCUUGCGUCGUCUUCCAUUGGUGCGAAGCAAAGGAAAGGGACCAAGCUGACCUCUCUCUCUCUCUCUCUCCGAAGGAUUCAGGCCAACUCAUAAAGAAACAAUUUGCCAUCUUUAGCUUGGAAGCGAUCGAGGCGUUUAGAUCGAACAAAUUUAUAUCUCCGAAUGGCGACUCAGUGGUUCUCCAAUAUGGUGAUGGACGAGCCGAGCUUCUUCCACCAGUGGCAGUCGGACGCGUCGCUGGAGCAGUACACGGAGCAGCAGAUCGCCGUGGCGUUCGGGCAGGGUGAGCUGGAGGCUGCUGCGCUGAUGCACCAGCAGGAGCAGCAGUACGAGCACCGGCCGUGCAAGGCGGCCAAGCUGAACACCACCAGCUGGGACUCGUGCAUCACGGAGCAGGGCUCCCCCGCCGACUCCUCCUCCCCGACCAUCCUCUCCUUCGGCGGCAGCAACGCCUUCGCCAAGACGGCGCCUCAGCCCCCCACCGCCGCCUACUACGGCGUCAAGCCCAAGCAGGAGGUCGACGCCGCGGCGGCCGUGGCACCGUUCCACAAGCGGAGCUACGACGCCAUGGUCGCCGCCGAGCCCGCCAGGGCGGCGCCGAUAACACGCCCCGCCGCACAGAACCAGGACCACAUCCUGGCCGAGCGGAAGCGCCGCGAGAAGCUCAGCGAGCGCUUCAUCGCGCUGUCCAAGAUCGUGCCGGGCCUCAAGAAGAUGGACAAGGCGUCCGUGCUGGGCGACGCCAUCAAGUACGUCAAGACGCUGCAGGAGCAGGUCAAGGGCAUGGAGGAGGUGGCCCGGAGGCGGCCGGUGGAGUCCGCGGUGCUGGUCAAGAAGUCCCAGCUAACCGCCGACGAGGACGACGGGUCGUCCUGCGAUGAGAACUUCGAGGGCGCCGAGGCCGGCCUGCCGGAGAUCGAGGCACGGAUGUCGGACCGCACCGUGCUCGUCAAGAUCCACUGCGAGAACCGCAAGGGCGCACUCAUCGCCGCCCUGACCGAGGUGGAGAGCCUCGGCCUCGCCAUCAUGAACACCAAUGUGCUCCCCUUCACCGCCUCCACCCUCGACAUCACCAUCAUGGCCACGGCCAGUGAUGACUUCUCCUUAUCUGUCAAGGACAUCGUCAGGAAGCUAAAUCAAGCCUUCAAGUUGUCCCGGUGAAGGACCUGCUGCCUCCUGAUCAUCAAGUCUAAUUUAGAUCUUUGGUUUCUAUUUCCCUCCUUUUUUUCAUCAUUAGCCUAGGCUAAUGGUUUUAGGUUCUUCCCUGCUGGUGCUUCUGAAGAGAGUUUGCUUGCAGUCCCCAACACAGUGCCCCUCAAAGAUAGCCAUUUCCACCUUUUUUUUGCCUAAACACCUAGUUACACUUCUAUUCUCAACCUCCUUUUUUGCAUGGUUUGAUCUAAUCACUCCAUGUUCUUGGGAGAGACUAGACUGUUAACUAAGAGACAUGUCUUUAUCUAGGGCUAGUUACCAAGGGGAGUUUGACUUCUACAAACCUCAUUUUUCAUUUCUCCCCUUCACUUCAUGAUUUUGCCCUGUCACCCUGUUUUUUCAAUGAGAGGAUUGAGUUUUUCAAACCCAAACACACCUUUGCCGUCCUCUCAAUCCUACCACCAAAAAGGCUUCAGAUAUCUGUGGAGAAAAUGGCGUCGUCUUUUUUUUCAGCACUGAUGGUGGACUUUUGCAAGCCUUCGAUUCAGAAGUAGUAGAGCAGGGUGUUCCUGUUUUUCAGGGUACUAGUACAAGUUGGUCCCAGCUUUGAUGAACCCUUUGCUUGUAGUUUCCUUGUGAGUUUUGUUGUAACAGGAUCAAGAUGUAGCUCCAUCUGUACCCUCUUGUUUGCUUGCAUACAAGUACAAAGAAUAAAUAAAUAUAUGCUCGGUUGUUAACUUCA